UAGAAAUUAAGAUAGAGAGAAUACUCGUUAAAACAAGUGCUGCGAAUGAAAAUGAAGUUCAAAUCGCGUAUAUAUAGACUUUCGAAAACAAAUAAAAAAAAUAAAAUUGCGAUCGUCGGUCGCUCGCCGAUCGGAGGCUGCAAUAGGAAGCGAGCCGAUCGGCGAGCGCUUGCCGAUUUGGUGCUCGCCAGCUGCAAUAGUUCGGCGAGCGGACCGUCGAGCGCCAAAAAUCGGCGAGCCAGUGCGCUCGCCUCUAUUGCGGAUGCUCUAAUCGCGGACUAUUAGAAUUUAGAGUUUGAGAAGAAACAAAGAAAGGCAUCAAAUUUUCAGCAACUCUUUGUGCUAGUUUAUUCCAGGACAAUUAGUCACCCAUCGCUAAACACAUACCUCCGCAAUGAUUUUACACUUUUCACAGUCCAUCGACGAGAUCCUUCGCCCUUCGCUUUACCCGCCAGAGGAAGAAGCUCGGAUUCCUCAUGAAUCAUGCUCUCUUCCUCCAAAAUUUCACAGCUCUCGACUCCAAACUCCGCAAUAUUAAUAUGAAGAAGGUUAAGAGGCUCAAUCGUCGAACAAACAGCCUUGAAAGCAGCCACAUAGAGGGAAUACUGGAGAUCAAACAGACUCCUACACUUUCCUUUCAUGAAGAAACUCAAGGCCUGAAGCGCGUCAACGUCAAGAGCAGUCCCGCUUUCGGAAAUAUACAAGAAAGGCCUCCAGAAUCCAGAUCUACGCAGGAACCACUCCUUCGUGAAUAUAUCAAACAGUACAUCUCCCUUGUUUUGUUUGCUGAGCUGGGUUUAUUUAAAUAUCCAGCAGGUGCUGUGUUGUGCACUCUUUGCUCUUCAAUCUUCAAAGUGAUUUUGUGUGUGUGUUUUUGGUAUGUAUGCUACCGACAAGAAACAGGAGAAAUAUUAGAAUACUGAUUAGUCGGUGGAGUAUUACAAAGGGAUGAGAAAAAUUCCAAAAAAUCGUGUCUUUUCUUGUAAAUGCUGGAGUACUUUUGAUGAUAUGUACUACUACAAGUUAACACUGUUUGAUUGAGUUAUAGUAUUAUUUUCCCCCUUUCUUGCUUGGGUUGUGAAGCUUUGAUUUAACUUGUAAUAGAAUCUAUUUCUUGCUUUGGCUAAAUAGAGAAGAGAAGCCUUAUGGAAGUGCUUCCAUUAAGUUUGAUAAGAUUCUUAGACGAAUGGGAAGUCAGGCUGCUGAUCAUACUCAGCCUCGUCUUGCAAAUUUUGCUGAUCACUCUGGGUACUCGAAGGAAGUAUAUAUACACACUCUGGAUCCGAAUCAUUCUCUGGUCUGCUUACUUAUUAGCAGAUUGGGUGGCCGUUGUUUUACUUGGUACUAUCUCCCUUGAUGCAUGCCAAAACAAGAUCAAUGAUUCAACUGAGGUGGUUCUGGGCUCAGUUCCUUCUGCUGCAUUUAGGCACCAUCACAGCAUAUUCUCUUGAAGAUAAUGAGCUGUGGCUGAGGCAUUUGGUGGGAAUGGGGAUUCAGACUGGCCUUGCUUUCUAUAUCCUACUUGUUGCUUUCCACAGCUCGGAUUGGCUUCCCUAUAUGAGUGUCCUCAUCUUCAUUGCAGGUGGAAUCAAGUAUAUUAUGACAAAACCAAAUGCUACUUCGGCUGCUUUUGAUAUUAUUGAGAUUGAGUUUGGAUUCUUGUUUGACGCGAAAGCAUCUGUGGUCUAUAAUCUCAGGGGGUGUAUCCUUCGGCUGAUCACCUUCUCGUUCACGCUCAUCUCAUGGAUGUUCUUCUUCUUCUUCUUCUUCUUCUUCUUCUUCAAGUGGGAGAAAGGGAAGUACAAGAGGUUGGACUUGGUGAUCACUCUCACUUGUUGCUUGGGGUGGCUGUCUUGUCUUCUUGGAGAUAUAUGCUGUUAGGGCUGUCGGGAACUCAGACUGGACGCAUAGGCUCUGGGAGAGUGACAGAACAACUAGUUUUGCUUGAGUAAUUCAGAAGCCAGUCAAGAAGAGAUGGUCCUGUUCAACACAAUCUACUUGAUCUUUGUGUUGGAAGCAAAUUUGCAAUGUUGCCAAGAGGCAUCACAAAUGUUACUAGAAUCUAUCACUACCUUGAAAAGCAGUGGCACCAGUCGUUCUCCAUAGAUUCAUACCAAAAAUAGGAAGGCAAAAGUUAUUAAGUAGUUUGCAAAUAUUUAUAAAAUUAAUAAUCAUAAAUUAAAACUACUUCUAAUUAAUAUUCAAAUACUUUCACAUA